AUGGAAGUGUUUCUCUACAAUUCCACUGUUUGUAGAUUAUGUGGUGAAGAAAAUGAUAGUGGAACUUUAUUAUAUUCUCCUGAAGAAAAUACUCAAAAUUUAAGUGAGAUAAUCAACACGUAUUUGCCUAUCAAGGUAUCAGAUGAUGGUCAGCUGCCACGCACUAUUUGUCCUGGCUGUACCAUUCAACUGGAGGCCACAGUAGAGUUUCUGAACCUCAUCAUCAAUGGGCAGAAAAUCAUUCGAGAGCUCUAUCAGCGGGAAAAAGAGUACAAGAAAACAGUUUUUAAAGCACAGGAGGGCCAAGAAGAUGUUAAUGCUGACCACAUUGUUUAUGAUAUUUCAGUGAACAGUAAUGAUGGCAUCUACCAUGAAGAGCAUCCUAUUUCCUUGCAAGUGUCUGGGCUGGAAAGGCCCAAGCGCAAACGUGGCCGCCCACCCAAGAAGCCGAAGUCUCCAGAGGAGAUUGCAAAGGAAACUGCGGCCAGGGAAUCGGAACUGGCUGCUAAAGAACAGGAAAAUAAGGAAGAGGUACCUGGGAAGAGAAGGAGAAAAACUCCAAACAGAUUCAAAGAAGCUGUGCAGGGCAAAGAAUUGGAAAGGAUAUUCAAAGAGGAAGGCGUGACCGAUGGAGACGACAGCGAGAACGAAACGAAGCCAGAAACCGACGUUGAGACGAAGCUAAUGGUGCCCAAGGAGCCCGAGAUUAUAGGUCAUAUGGAGACUUCGGGAGAGCUUGUCGUUGUUGUCAAGGGAAAGGGACGAGGAAGACCGAAAGGGCGCAUGCGGCCCACGCGCUCUUUGUGCGCCAUCUGCGGCGCGGAGUUCUCGUGCGUGGGCCGCUACAUGUCGCACGUGGCGCAGCACGGGCCCGUGCUGUACCGCUGCGCCUGCGCCGCCACCUUCGCCACGCGCGUGGCCUUCACGCAGCACCAGCUGGACUCCGCGCACCAGGGCCAGACCGUCAUCGCCUGCGCCGCGCCCGUAGGCGCCCCGGCCGACACGGACGAAGCGCCCGAGCCCGCCGGGCGGGACCCGCUCCUGCUGCCGCCGGACCUCCCGGAGGUCCCGAUGACGGCCCUGCCCGAUCUCGGCGACAAGGCCAAGGACGACACCGCCGAAUUCAUCAAAAGCUUGGUUUCGGAGAAGGAGCCGGCGUCUAGUGAAGUCAGCUCCGGUCUUGAAGAGGAAUCGAAGAAUGACGAGAAAGCAGAAGAGACAGUGGAUGACAGUACAGAAGUAAUCGACCCCAAGGGUAAAGUGAAACUGAAGUGUCCUCACUGUGAUAAGAUGUUCAGUAGUAAACAGAGCAAGUCUAUGCAUAUCAAGGCCGUGCACCAGGGCGAGAAGCCGUACGUGUGCGGCGAGUGCGGCGUGCGUUUCGCCUACCCGCGCUCGCUGGCGCUGCACGCGCUGUCGCACCGGCGCCAACGCGCGCCGCACGCGCGCCGCUUCGCCUGCGACCUCUGCGGAAAGGUGUUGAACCACCCGUCAUCGGUGGUGUACCACAAGGAGGCGGAACACGCCGGCCAGCGCUACGUGUGCAAUAAAUGCGGCAAAAGCUUCAAACAUAAGCAGCUGUUGCAGCGUCACCAGCUUGUGCACUCGCAGCUAAGGCCCUAUUCCUGCAAGUUGCACUUUUCUGACAACUACGUUGAGGAGAUCCCGGCGAAGAUCCACUACUAUGUGCUCGUGAAUACCCUUGACAUGGCGUAUCCUGAUGCACGACUGCAAGUUCACAAACAGAUAAGUUUGCUGGUCAACGACAAGAACCAGCAGCAGACAGUAGAGGUACAGCAGGACACGGAGGAGCACGACGAGAGCUCGCUGUUGGAAAUUACUUCUGUUCCGAGCGUGGAUAACGAACUGGAGGAGCGCGUCAUCUACGUCACUUACGACGUGGACGAGUCUGAGCCGGCAUUCCACAUUCUGGAUCCCGAACAGGCGGUAUCUUUAGACGACAGUAAAGUGCUAACGACCUGCGAACUUUACUCCGGUCCGUCACUACUUGUCUCUCAGCCAGAGUUAGAAGCACUAGAGCUGGAACAGGAGGAAUUGCCGCCAGAACAACUGCAAAUGGAAAGUGACGACCUCGAGUUGGCGGAACCGCUUGAACUCGGCCUUGAUGAACAUAUUGCGGUAACAGAUGAGCAGGGCAACCCGCUGCACUUUACUAUGCAAGAUGGUACCCAGCUGGCGAUCACCUCUUCAGAUGGCAAAUCUUUACAGGUCAUCACUCAAGAUGGACAAACCAUUCCAGUGGAAAUCAACGGUUUCAACGGAGAAGAGGAAGUGGAAGAAGAGACGGAAACGAUCACCCAGAUAAACCUCUCAAAUAGUGUCGUCGAUGAUAACAUGUCUUCGCCGGUUACACACUACUUUACCAUUGUUUGAAUAAUAAUGGAAAUGCAUGUAAACAAGGUGCACCCUGUUGUUUGCGAGUGUACUGUGGAAUUCCCAAACUCUAACGGGAGCGUGGUGUCAUGAGGAUUUUUCUGCAAUGUUUGCGAUUGUCGUGAUUUAUAAAAUGAUUUAGUCAAUCACAAAUUAAUUUGAAACUGCCCAACGCUCUGUCUAUUUCUUUCGCAUCGCGAUUGACGUCGCGUUUGACAGAGACAGAGAAAGUGCAGAGUUCCUUCUAGAAAUAGUGACUUCACAAUUUUCUAAACGGGUUCAUAAUAAAUAAUACAAUACUGUACUCACAACCGUAGUACUUGACUGAUGAAUGAAUAUGAUUGACAUUGUUGUAGAUGUAAGAACUAUGUACACCUAAACUGGUUGGUGCAAAUAUAUUUUUUUUGAUCUCUUAUAUAAUAUUAUCCCUUAUCGUAUAUAGAGAUCGGAAUAGGCAGACUAUUAUUUCCUUAAACUUCAAAUAAUAAACAAAAUUAAUCUCCAUCUUAAAUACCG